GCCUCCCUCCUCCUUCCUCCCGCCCCCUUCCUCCUCCUCCUCCUCCUCCUCCUCCUCCUCCGGGACUCUCCGCUGGGAUCAAGCCGGCGCUGCCUCCUCCUCCUCCUCCUCCUCCUCCUCCGCUGUUGUUGUUGGCCGGCUCUGCCACAUCGAGGAUAUUUUGGCUCCCGGAGCGAGGCAGCGCGCCUUCUUCAUUCCCUCUCUCUCUCUUUUUUUUUUUUUUUAUUUUUAUUUUUUUAUUUAAUUUUUUUUUUUUUUGGACCCUGCCGCCGAGGAGGGGGCGAAGCCGAGGAGCUGGCGAGCUCCGCGCUCGGGAGCCAGAUGAGUGAAUUUGGGAUCAGAAACAUGGAUCAAGUAGCUCCCGUGUCGACCAUGUACAGAGGAAUGCUCAAGCGUCAGCCAGCGUUUGACACCUUUGAUAGCACAAACUCCCUCUUUAGUGGAUAUUUUUUAUCACUAAAUGAAGAUCAAACGCUUCAAGAAGUGCCAACAGGAUUUGAUUCUACUUCUUAUGAGUCCAACAACUGUGAAUUGCCUCUGUUAACCCCGUGCAGUAAGGCUGUCAUGAGUCAGGCCUUGAAAGAUACUUUCAGUGGUUUCACAAAGGAACAGUGUCGGCUGGGAAUCCCAAAUAAUCCCUGGCUGUGGACUGAGCAGCAGGUUUGCCAGUGGCUUUCUUGGGCUACCAAUGAGUUUAGCUUGGCAAAUGUGAACUUCCAUCAGUUUCUUAUGAGUGGCCAAGACCUUUGUAACCUGGGCAAGGAGCGCUUCUUGGAACUAGCACCUGAUUAUGUGGGUGAUAUUCUGUGGGAACACCUGGAGCAGAUGAUAAAAGACAGUCAAGAGAAGACACAAGAUCAAUAUGUGGAGAACCCUCAUCUCACCUCAGUUCCUCACUGGGUUAACAAUAAUUCCUUAACUGUUAAUGUGGAUCAGACCCCUUACGGAAUGCAAAUGCCUGGAUACCCUAAAGCUCUCAGUUAUCCCAAACCCAGUCUCCUGAGUGACGUCUGCCAGACUUCCACGGGACCAAAUCUCCUCAAUCCAGAACAAGAGUUUUCAUUGUUUCCUAAAACCCAAGUAGAUGCAGUUGGGGUCAACUACUGUGCAGUAAAUCAAGAUUUCACAAGAAGCAAUCUGAACUUGCUGAUAGAUAAUUCUGGUAAACUUAGAGAACACGAAUCUAGCGACAGUGGUGCAGAAAGUUACGAAAGCUCAGAUUCAAUGCUGCAGUCCUGGAACAGCCAGUCAUCACUAGUGGAUUUACAGCGUGUGCCAUCCUAUGAGAGUUUUGAAGAUGACUGUAGCCAGUCCUUGUGUCUGAACAAACCUACAAUGUCUUUCAAAGACUAUAUUCAAGACAGAAGUGAUCCUGUAGAGCAAGGGAAACCAGUUAUACCAGCAGCAAUUCUAGCUGGCUUUACUGGCAGUGGACCUAUACAGCUAUGGCAAUUCCUGCUGGAGUUACUGACUGACAAAUCCUGCCAGUCCUUUAUUAGUUGGACUGGAGACGGAUGGGAAUUUAAACUUGCUGACCCAGAUGAGGUGGCACGGAGGUGGGGAAGAAGAAAAAACAAGCCAAAAAUGAACUAUGAGAAACUCAGCCGAGGGCUACGCUACUAUUAUGACAAGAACAUCAUCCACAAGACAUCAGGGAAGCGAUAUGUGUACCGCUUCGUGUGUGACCUGCAGAACUUGCUGGGGUACACGGCAGAGGAGCUGCACGCGAUGCUGGGGGUGCAGCCGGACACCGAGGACUGAGCCCGACUGCCUGGUGCCGUGCCGGUGGAGACCCAGCAUUGGGACUGUGACCAGGAGCCAUCUGCAGUCAGUUCUAACGGCUGUUCAGAUGGGUGCAACGGUGGUGAAAUAAGGACCUUGACUGAUUUUUUUUGUAACCAGCAGAAGUUGGAAGGAAGUGGCCUUAUUUCAUCAGUGGCUUCAGUUGUUGCUGUGUCAUGCACUUGAGCAGUAUGGAUGUUGGCACAGAUCGCAGCUCUGUCAUGAAGACACAGAAGUGCUCUGGGCUUGAGCAUUUCAACUACCUGUACUGCCACAUAAAGUGUUUCGGCUACUUAACACUGCCAUAUGAUGGGUUGGCUUUGAAACCAAAGGUUGGAUGAGGAAACCAGUGAUGCAGCGGAACCAUUGCUCAGAUUCUUUUUUUAACAUACAGUCAUCCUUGCUUCCAUCUUAUAUCAUGCAGUUUAUUUAAAAGUAUAUAAUUUAUUUUAAAUGAGCAGUAAGAAGAAUAUUAAUGUGUUCUCAAGCACGUUUUAUUAUUAUUACUUCAGAAAUGUGCUGCAGGUACAUCAACAACACUCUGUGUCCAAAACCAGAUGUAGCAACUGUUUAAAAAAAAAAAAACACCCUUUUUAAGAAGGGAAGGAAAAUCAUACCAUUUCAAUAUCCAGUUUUGUAUAUAUUCUGUGAUUAUUUUUUUUGAAACUCUGUAAUGUUCCUAUUUAACAGAUAAUGUAUAGUGUAAAUUAAACUAAUUGUAUGUGUGUUUUGAAAUAGGAUGAAUGUAAACUUAUCAAAUGGCUAUUUCAUGUUUGUCUAGGUUAUACAACCUUCUGCAAAUAUUUAAUUGGCCUAAGAGACAACAUACAUACUCAGUAUGCAUGCAUAUGGUAUGCCUAUGAUAUGAAAUGUAUUGGGGGGGAGGGGGGGAGGACUGGCACAGUAUUUUGCCAAGACUGAAGUUGGCAAUUCUUUGUGCAUUUUGGCAUUUUUACAAGAAACUAAUAUAAUAUUCUGGGACAUUAAGGGCCUAUUUGUGGUUUCUUCUUUAUCUGAAAAACAAAAAUAUGGAUAAAAUUACCUUUUUUCAUUUAUAAAUGGCAUAUGUUUUUCAACUUCUAUGCAUGUCCUUUAAACAAAAUUUAUAUACAAGCCUUAUUUUUUCAGUUGACUUGUCUUCUUCCUGCAGUUUAUCCUGUAUGAUGAAAAUAUGAAUUCUAUUUUUGGAAAUAACUGUGACUCCUUUUCAAAGAUCAGGAGGGAUUUAUGUAGCAGCUAUUUUUACUGCACAAAAAAUACACAAUUCACUGGAAAAAUGUACUUUGUAAGAAAGCUUUAUUUUUUAUCUGAGCUUGAUGUACAUUUAAAUGUGUUGUACAAUGUGAGAGGUUUAAAAACAAGUCCUUAUUAAAAACCUCUUGAACAGGAAAGAAAAA